AUGCCAAACAUCACCAGAAACUCGGCUAAACCUGCCUUUGGGGCUGGUGCGAACGAGGCGUGCGAAACAGCUAGCGCUAACCAAGCAAGCCAGAAGGCAGCGCCAUCGCGCAACGACAUUGAGGAGACUGAGGCGGCGGCAGCGAGGCACAUUCCCGGUGAGGUGGCUAAGGAGUUAGCUAAGCUCUCAGCUCUUAUAGUGGAGAAGUCUGUCGGACAAGAUAAGAAACUGGAGGAAAUACGGAUUAGCACAAAGGCUACGGAGAGUAAAAUAGCUGACAUAGCUGAUCGGAUUGGUGAGGUGGAGAACCGGCUGUGCUUUUUGGAAGAUGAGCACGAGAGGCGAAAAGCUAACCCGGCGGCCACUGCUGAUGAAGAUUCCCUGAGGGCUGUGAGGAUAAGGAUGCUAUUUCAAGACCGUAAUCGCAUCGCUGAGGCUGCACGUAAACUGGGUGACGUUUCCUGGGAAGAGCACCGUGUUAUGGUUUUUGCGGAUUACUCCAAGCUUUUGAGUGAUAAGCGUGCGAAGUUCAACAAAUGCAAAAAACUUCUACACAACAAACAUAUGCGCUUCUCCCCUGGUCUACCCUGCGGUACUCAUCGUGAAAACCCCUCAAGGACUCCGCCGCUUUGA